UCUCCCGGGCUCCGGCGGCGUCGGCGGCGAGCUGAGGUGGAGGCCGGCUGCGACCGCGAGCGGCAACAGUGGCGGCGGCGCCAUGGCGAGCCUCGCAGGAUCCCUGCUGCCUUGGUGAUCCCAGGCUGACAGCCAGAGAGCACAGCGGCUCAGCUCCUGGAGAGAGGGUUGAAGAAAGUGGAGGGCAGCCACCUGCACCCACUGGCUCCCAUUAGGUCGGUUCCUGCAGCGGUACCUGGCAGCCUUGACGAAGGCCCUGCCCGGCAGAGAUCAUGUAUUGCCUCCAGUGGCUGCUGCCCGUCCUCCUCAUCCCCAAGCCCCUCAACCCCGCCCUGUGGUUCAGCCACUCCAUGUUCAUGGGCUUCUACCUGCUCAGCUUCCUCCUGGAGCGGAAGCCUUGCACUAUUUGUGCCUUGGUUUUCCUGGCAGCCCUGUUCCUCAUCUGCUAUAGUUGCUGGGGAAACUGUUUCCUGUACCACUGCUCUGAUUCCCCGCUUCCAGAAUUGUCACAUGACCCCGGCGUCGUGGGCACCUAACAGCCACCCUGCUAGCUUUCCAAGGAAGCAGAAGACGGGAGGGGAGGCACUGACAUAGGUCAUAAAGCAUUGGAGUUUCAAAUCCCGCAACCUGCGGGUGCCACAUUCCUGAUGGCGCCUCUUUGGCCUGUGAUGUUUUAUCCUUAUAAUGUGAAUAAUGGCACUGACCGGUGCUUUUAUUGUAGAGUCUUACAGUUGUGGGUGAUCUUGUGGUUGUGUGUGUUCUGUCCCUCUCUGGGUCCUGGCUGGUGGGAUGGCCACCCCCCUCGCCUCAUUGCUGCGAGGAGUCUAUCUACACCCAUCCUGGCCAAUUGCCCUGGUGUUACCUGGGAAGAUAAAAUCUCAGUCUUCCUGUCACCUCUGUGACCCCUCCUUGUCAGGGUCCCCCCUCCUUCUCAGAAUGUUGCUGACUCCUCAGUCCCUUUCCUGGUUUCCCUUAUUUCCUCUCUCCUGUCCCUUUUUGGGGGGAGUACCUGUCUAAGACAGGGCUUGUUUUUGCACUUAUCUCGAAUUUGAAGAGAUUGCUGAUGCCCAAGAGCCUCGCUUUUUCGUCCUCCUUUCCCUAUUCAGCAGACUAGACAGAAACAUGUCUUGACUGUUGGUUGUCCCCAAAUCUCUAGUAUUUUCUCAGCUUCAUUUUUAGGAAAGAAGCAUCAGAUAGGUGUUGCUCUUCCACCUGGGUGUCCAGGCUCAUGUGUUCCAGCCUGGCCUCACUCCCUUUGCCCUUCCUCCUACCUUUCUCAGCCUUCCUAAAGGGGGCCUCCCUGUGUCUCCUGUGCAUGCUCUGCAGGAUGGACGUGUGGUGUACUCACAUAGACUCAGCAGUCCCCUGCAGAAUGAAUUGGAAAGUAUUUAUGUGUUUCAUAGCAGCCAUGAUCCCUUUGGUUGGUGUUUGGAUAUUUUUCUCUGUGCUCUGUAUGUGUGUUUGUGCAUGCGUGUAUGCGCGUGUGUGUGUGACUGUAUGUAUGUGUGUAAGUACAUGUGUAUAUUCCUUUUGAAGAAGCUUUACCGAACAUGUUCUGAUUUUGAGGUUUACUAGUAGGUAGCUGUAGUAGGUGCUGCUGCAGUUUUUAUUUAGCAUGGGAAUUGCAGUGACCAGCACGGUGAACUUCAUGGUGGUUCAUUCAGACAAGACGCAGGGGAGCAGUGGCCAUCGUCUUCCAUCUUCCUGCCAGGAGCUUCCUCGUUCCUGUGCACAUGGAUUGUACCUUAUGGAGAAUGCACAGGAAGACUUUGUGACUGUCAUUUGCUUUUUUUUUCUCCCUUUCUCUGCGCUUCGGUAGCAAGUGUUGGCAAAAGAGACUUUGUCCUGGCCCCUGCCCAACAGGGAUCAGCAUGCUUGUCCUGCCAGUUGGAUCCAUCCCUCAGUGUUGUCUGGGAGGGAGGGAGGUGGGCUUGGCAGAGGACAGAACUGGAGGCAGGCCAUGUAGGAAAUGGGACUGCAAAGGCCACACUUGUGAAACAUGUGGACUGCUGUUCUAGAGCUUUCAUUUCUGGUGUGUUCAUUGCACAGCUGUUUGAAAUGUUUAAUAAAGCUUUAUAAACUUUA